AAUCCGACUGAUCCAGGCAGGUGACGAUCCAAUCAGAGCGUCCGAUCCUUCCCGCCGAUCCGGGUGUUCCAGCACUGGUUCUCGAUUACGAAAAUGUUUUCCAUCUCCUCUCGCCUCUAACCCGAGUAUCCAUCCAUUGAACCUUUGCUCUCUCUCUCUCUCUGCAUGAGGUCCUUCACAGACGGAAUAGCUCUCUCUCUCUCUCUCUCGCUCUGCCAUGGUUGGCGCGUUGUUAAGGUGUUUGGGAAGCAGAAGAAGUUUAUUUGUGGAUGGUGGGAAAUGGGGAAAACAGUUUGCCUUCUCUCUCUUCUCUUCUUCACUCUCCUUUUCCACUAAUGGAGAAGAAACUGGGGUUCAGGGCUCAAGCUUCAAAGUAUUCGAUAGAGAUCUCAAGAGAAAACAGAGGGACAGGGCUGCAUGGCUUGCGGAUCCUAGCGACAGCUUCGUUGAUUCUGUGACCGACAAUCUCUUGGACCGUCUCCAGGAUUGUAGAAGGACAUUUCCUACCGCGCUUUGCUUGGGGGGUUCCUUGACAUCUGUGAAACGUUUAUUGCGUGGAAGAGGUGCAAUUGAGACGCUCAUUAUGAUGGAUACAUCUCAUGAUAUGAUAAAACGAUGUAUGGAGGUUGAGGUAGAUUCAUCUCACAGUAACUUGGAAACAUUCUAUGUCAUUGGUGAUGAAGAGUUCUUACCUGUGAAGGAAUGCUCUUUAGAUUUGAUUGUCAGUUGCUUGGGUCUUCACUGGACAAAUGAUCUUCCUGGAGCCAUGAUACAAGGAAGACUUGCCUUGAAGCCUGAUGGCCUGUUUUUAGCAGCUGUUCUUGGAGGAGAGACCUUAAAGGAGCUAAGAAUCGCUUGUACCGUGGCUCAAAUGGAGCGUGAGGGGGGUAUCAGUCCUCGAAUGUCUCCUCUUGCACAAGUGCGAGAUGCAGGUAAUCUGCUGACUAGGGCAGGCUUCACCCUACCAGGUGUUGAUGUUGAUGAUUUUACAGUGAAAUACAACAGUGGUACUUAUCUUUCACUAUUUACUAUGAUUGUGAAUUUUAAGUUAGAUGGAAACAUUGCAAGAUUUCAGUGGAUCAGCUUUUUAUUACUAAAAACUUUGACAAUUGCAUGUGAAAUUCCAGGUGAAGACUUCAACCUUUCUAUUGGUGUUAGGGUGGGGGGAAGAUCCAGGCCUUGCGGGGAAGCAUUUUGGUGUAGCCGAGGUCGCUGGAAUCCACACCAGCCUGUCCUUACCAUGGCUAGGGAAAAAGUGGACGUUAAGGGAGCAACUUUUCAGGUUAUUUAUAUGACUGGAUGGAGGGAGCACCCUUCUCAGCAGAAAGCCAAGAGUAGAGGCUCUGCAACCGUCUCAUUUAAGGACAUCCAAAAGCAUUUAGGCAAAACAGAAGACGCUCCUACAUAGAUUGUUCAGUCUCUGUAUGAUUCCUUCAGUUAAAAGUGUAGAAAAGUGACGAUCCAGUACGGACAUUUUGUGAGGUUCAAAGCAUCGAGCAAGGAAGGGCUCCCCAUUCAAAAGAGGGCUCCCCAUUCAAAAGAACAUGGCUAGGAUUUGUAAUGCCUUAAGACAACUUUUUGGUAGUUCAUCAUUUGCAUUCAAACGUUGGACAUAAUAUUGCAACCAUCAACACCAUAAUCAAUGAAGCACAAGCUAGAAUCCUGACACGUAAAGGAAACGACCAUCAUGGAUUUUGGUCUUCUUGUUUUCUUUCUAGGUUUUUGGUGGGAAGUGUACUGAUGGGGAUGUAUAAUCAUUGUGGUAUUGUUGAAAAAUAUCAUUUUAUCGGCGGAAAAUACAACACAUAUGUAGUUACAUAAAGAAAGUUUUACUCUUCCAAAAUUCUACCUUGAAAAUAGAGAGAAUCAAAAGAAGUAUGCUGUUUACUUAUUCAUAGAUAUUGCUUUGAAGACUGGGUUUUUCCAUAUUGGUUUUUCCAUAUUGGAGUAUAAAUGUAAUUUAUUUGAUGCUA